CCCAUAUGAAGUGACAGGGGAUUUCCCUCUAAAUGAAAGAGUCCCUCCGCUCUCCCCGCAGCACAUUAGAUUUGGAUUCUCAUUGUGAAACAAUGGACAACAGUCCUCUGCAGGUGCUGACUGUCCCCACGGCCCCCUAUCCAGACCAGAGACCCAGCAUCAGCGGCCUGAGGAGAAGGGUCAGCGUGUUCCAGCGCAAGAGGAACUACCUGCACAACUUCGUCCAGAGUAUCUUCUCUUCCAUCGACCUGCGAGACCGCCAGGGUUCCACCAUGGUGGUGGGGGGGGACGGACGCUUCUUCAACAGAGCCGCUAUUGAGGUCAUUGUGCAGAUGGCAGCUGCCAAUGGGGUUGGUCAUCUGAUCAUUGGACACCACGGGCUGAUGUCCACGCCUGCUAUCUCCUGUGUGAUCAGGAAACACAAAGCCAUCGGGGGCAUCGUCCUGACUGCCAGCCACAGCCCCGGCGGACCCGCCGGAGACUUUGGCAUCAAGUUUAACGCUGCAAAUGGAGGCCCGGCGAAGGAGGCUGUCACAAACAAGAUCUUUCAGAUCAGCAGAAGCAUUGAGGAGUUUGCCAUCUGCCCCGGGCUGCGUGUCGAUCUGGAAACCCUGGGAAAGCAGACCUUUGACCUGGAGAACAAGUUCAAGCCCUUCACCGUGGAAAUCGUGGACUCUGUGGAGUCCUACGCAAAUUUGCUGAGGAACAUCUUUGACUUCGCUGCUCUGAAGGAGCUUCUGUCAGACGAGAAUCAAGUCAAGAUACGACUAGACGCCAUGCACGGGGCGGCAGGGCCGUAUGUGAAGAGAGUACUGUGUGAGGAGUUGGGUUGUCCUGCCAAUUCUGCAAUUAACUGUGUGCCGAUGGAGGACUUCGGGGGUCAGCGGCCAGAUCCUAACCUCGCCAACGCCACAGACCUGGUUGACAGUAUGAGAGGGGGACAGUAUGACUUUGGUGCAGCAUUUGAUGGUGAUGGGGGCCGUAACAUGAUCCUGGGUCAAGACGGCUUCUUCGUGAGCCCGUCUGACUCCGUGGCUGUGAUUGCUGACAACAUCUUCUGCAUCCCGUACUUUCAACAUUCAGGCGUGAGAGGCUUGGCUCGCAGUAUGCCCACGAGCUCAGCAUUAGACAGAGUAGCCAAAGCAACAAAAAUAGAGCUAUAUGAGACUCCCCCUGGGUGGAGGUUCUUUGGGAACCUGAUGGACGCAGGCAUGCUGUCCUUCUGUGGGGAGGAGGGCUUUGUUACAGGGGGAGACCAUAUUCGUGAGAGAGAUGGGUUCUGGGCUGUGCUGGCAUGGCUGUCCAUCCUCGCCGCUAGACGGCAAAGUGUGGAAGAUAUUCUCAGGGACCACUGGUUGAAAUAUGGAAGAAACUACUUCACUAGAUACGACUAUGAGAAUAUAGAUAUAGAUGUUGCGUGUGACAUGAUGGAGGAUCUGGAGGUGACGAUCGCAGACAAGUCCUUUGUGAAGCAGAGAUUCGCCGUGGAAGACAAAAUCUACCAAGUGGAAAAAGCAGACAACUUUGAAUACACGGAUCCUGUGGACAGUACCAUCACCAGGAACCAGGGACUGCGGAUUAUCUUCUCCGACGGCUCUCGGAUCAUCUACAGACUCGGUGGGGCGGGUAGUGAUGGGGCCACGGUUCAGAUCUACAUUGACAGUUAUGAGAAGGAGCUCGUUUCUGAGGACACACAGGUUAUGCUGGCACCCCUUGCAACAAUAGCUUUAAAGAUUUCUCAGCUUCAUCACAGGACAGGUCGAAGCGGCCCAUCCGUCAUCACAUGAUUCCUCCUGCAUUUCACUCCUCCAUCGCUUAAGUUAUGCUUUCUUUUUGUAAUUCUACACUUAUUUUUGUAUAAAAGCAGCAGCAAAUCCAAAUGUGGCGGCACAUCAAGAAACAGAGUGAAUUUGAAUGUAAUGACAUGAAAUGAAUUGUGUAACUCAUUAAA